UAAAAACACAUUUUAUAUACGAAUCAUGGUUUCUACUUGUUUAUUGUGCAAAACGGGUGGAUUAAAUAAAGAUAUAUCAAGUCAUGCUUUUCCAAAAGAUCCUGAAAGGUAUUUAUUAUGGUUUAAAGCCAUUAACAAAUUAGUUGUGAGUAAAAGUGCUACAUUAUGUUCAAAACAUUUAGAAGAACGAUUUUAUAGAUAUAGCAUUGUUGAAUGCAAAAGGUUUUUGACACCUACAGCUGUCCCAACUUUAUAUUUAUAUAAUCACAAAGAAAACGCUAUUAAAGGAUGUCAAAAUAUUGAAGAAUCUUUAUCACAUGAACUUUAUCAACAUCAAGAUCUAGUCCAUAAUAACGUCGGAUGUGUAAACAUUGAAGAAAGAUCUUCAUUAAAUGAACUUCAUCAAAAUCAAGAUCCAGUCCAUAACAAUGUAAGAGAUGCACAAGUACAAAGUGAUCCAGAAAGGCAUACUGAUGUUCCGCGCAAACGAAUGAGAUAUAGAGGAGAUGUGGAUUGGAAUAAAGUGUCUCAAAUCCCAUCGGAGGCAAAAUAUUAUGGCAUGCUUGCUGCACAAGAAGUAAAAACAUUGAGAAAAGAACUUAAUGUUCGAGAUCAACUUGUCCGAAGAAUGGAAUAAAAAUUUCUAACUUACAGUCCCUACUUACAGAGUUAAAAAAUAAAAACUUCAUUGACCAAUUUAGUAAGGAAACAUUAUCGGUAUGUAAUCUUCACUUAUGCAUUGUGCAUACACAAUAAUAUUGUUUGAAAUAAGUCAACAGGAAUAAUAUACUAUAUACAUGAUGCAUCUUCACCAGAAAUUGUAGUUCAAUAUU